AUGGGUCCAUCGUCCCGGGCUUCGCGUGUCGAUUGCGAGACGACCGAAACCGUGGUUCAAAUUCGGAAAAAGAAAAGAAGUGAGUGCCGGCUCAGUGUGUCACUUGGAGAAAACAAGAAGUCCGGGGCAGGGGAACUCUCCCAACCUACUCUCCUCUUCCCCACAGCCUCCAGUGUUACGCUCGGCCUUCUGCUGCGGUUCAAAUUUGAAUUUCAGCGCCGGGAACCGCGCGCAUGCGCGCGGGGCGGGGCGGGGCGGGGGCAGGGCACGCCUCUCCCCGCACCGGCGCUGGAUCACUUGGCCUUACCCGGGCUGGGAGGAUCCCAAGGGUGGCUUAGCCUUCUCAGAGAUAGUCCACCCCUGGCGGCGGAGAUGCGGAGAAAAGCUUCACUGGCCUGAGCAAGAACUUGCUAAGAAGUCUAUUCUAAAUGCAGAAGAGUCCUUGAUCAUUGACAGCAAAGGAAGCAUGUCACAUUUAUCUCCUGGAAUACUAAAGGACAUUUUCACAACUGGAACCAGUAGUUACAAUGUCCUACUACAGAGCAAAGAGGAGAAAAAGCAUCAUUCACAAAAACAGUCUUCCUCCACCUACUCCAAAAGAUGUAGAAAACCCAGCAAAUCUAGCUCUUCACGUAGUAAAGAUCUUCGCAAGAUGAAAGCCCCAGUGCCUGUGAUGAGCAGUGAUACUUGGUACUGCCUAGAAAGGCAGCCUGCUGUUUUUGUCACUAGUUCAAUGUCAAGUCCUGUAAAGUUUACACAUGAUAUCUCUGUUACAGGAAACAGCACAGUACUGCCACCUAAACCCAAAAAUGAAAGAAAGGUCAAGCGACGCCAUUUCUCCACUCUUCCAAAGCCAAAGCUGCAGCCUCAGCUGUCUAGAAGUUUUGAAAAAGGAGAUGACUUUUCUGGAAAGAAAUUUUGUAUACUGAGUGCUAUAAAGCCCACCAACUUGGAGAAAGAAAAAGUGAGAUUCUUUAAGUCUGACUAUACCUACAAUCCUCAGUUUGAAUAUGCUAAUCCUUCUCUGCCAAGUGUGUUAGCCAAGCACAGCAACGCCACUGACCGGUUUCUUAAGCAGUCCAUCAAUAUUAUGGAACUGACUUUACAAAAGUAUGGAAGCUAUGAAAAAUUUGAACAGGCCACCGGUGGUAGCCUGCUAUCUAAAACUCGAAUCUGGAGUCAUGUUAGGAAAUACAUGAUGAAAGAAGGCUGCAUGGGUGAGAUUGUAGUUCAUCUCACUGAGGACCUGCUUUCCCGAGCUUCCAUGACAGUAGUAAAUGGAUGUCCAACACUGACCAUCAAUGUUUGCACUGCACGUGAGCAUUGGCUGGAAGGAAUGCUCAGGCAUGAAAUAGGCACACAUUAUUUUCGAGGUAUUAACAACCUUCAGCAGCCAUGGAACAGUUGGACUGGCCGUAAAAAACAUGACCUAAAGCCAAACAAUCCCACAGAGGAAGGACUGGCAAGUAUUCACAGUGUCCUGUUUAGAAAAGACCCCUUUUUAUGGAGGGCUGCCCUCCUCUACUACACUGUUUAUCGAGCCAGCCACAUGUCUUUUUGUGCAUUAUUCAAAGAUAUUGGAAAGUUUGUCAAGGACCCCAAUACAAGAUGGGAUUAUUGUGUACGAGCCAAGAGGGGAUGGACUGAUACCUCCCAACCAGGGUGUUUCAGUAAAGACCAGGUAUACUUGGAUGGUAUCCUGCAAAUCCUCCGAUAUAGAGAGACUAUUGACUUUCAUCUACUGACAGCCCUGGGGAAGGUCUCUUAUGAAGAUGUGGAUCGCUUAAAAGGAUUGGCAGUUACUGAAAACAUGAGGGUCCCUCACUUUCUGCAGGACCAUGGCCGAUAUAUGGAACACUUAGAGAAGAUCAUGGAAGUGAAUGAACUGACUGACAGGGAACUGAAAGAUCUUAUAUAUUAAUUAGCAUUCUCGCAAACAUAGCUAAGCUAUACCUCCAUGUAUAUUGCCAAUUAGGUGCAGUUAGCACCAGCAGAUUUAUAAAAGGAGAAGGACUGUUUACAUGAGUUUUCUGAAGAAUGGUCUGCAGUACUCAGCUGAAUAUUUAGGUUAAGAACAAACUUUAAACUGUUUCCCUAAAAUGUUUCUGUAGCUACAGGGGAAAGUUACUCCUGUUUUCAUCUGAAUCUCAACAGAGUCAGAUGAAAAUACUGCUGAUGGGUGUUUUUGAGGAAUCUUGGUCAAAUUGAGUGAUAAACUUCUGCCUGAGCACCAAGACCAGCUCUUACUAGAGAUGGAAUUCCUGUGCUGUUCAAACUUCAAGGUAAUAUUUUAUUUAAUAAAUAAUGGUAGUUAUUGUCCUUUGAAAAAUUAGUCUGUGUUAUGCUCCCAAAAGCUAGAAAAUAAGAAAUUUAAGAUUUCUUAUUUUCUUAUAUGUUAAGUAAUGUUAAA